UUGAAAUUGCAGAUAUGGCACCAAGGGGGGAUGGACGAAGCAGAUAUUCUGGAGAAAGAACAUCAGAUCCAAUGACAUCUCCUCUAAUGUCUAGUUUCACACCUGAUCAAGCACCAUCAUUGCCUGAAGUGCCAACAGCAGUUAUACCGGAUUCAGUUGUUAUCAACAUAUCGGUACCAUCUUCAUCUGUGGGGAUAGAAACACCUAGAAAUGACAUUGUAUCUACAACUUCGUCAAAUACAACUGAUGAUACCCGCACCCGAAUUGAAAUUGUCCUGGGAUGUUUGGAGCCAAGCAACGAUGUAUCUCGGGCGAUCACAAAAAUCUUUAAGGGAAAAUUGGAUCCCGAAGGAUAUGAUUGGAAGUCAGUUACACCAGAGAUUAAGGACUUCUACUGGCAUGAGUUUAAGGGUAUGCUAUGUGAAGCAAGAUCCUCUGAGGAGAAACGAAAAAAUAUCCCAAAAUCUGUUUGGGAGAGCUGGAAGGCUCACUAUGAUACUGACAAUUUUAAGGCUAAAUCUGCACAAUGUUCCAAAAAUCGACCAAGUGAGAAAUGUGGUGAAGGAUCUGGUUCCUCGCGCCAUACUGGAGGCUCCCGGACUCACCGAGAGUAUGCAAGAAAACUGGCGACUAUUCUAGGAUGGCCACCUCAUCCACACAAACUUUUGAAGAAGACACAUACCAAAAGAAACGAUGAGUUUGUGGAUCUGAAGUCUAAGAGCACAUAUGUCCCAUUCUUGACUGAUGAAUCUGGCAGUAUUGUUGUAAUUCCUGUCUCUGCUGAAAGUGCAGGAUUGUUGCAAAAACGUAUAGCUGGAGCAAAAGGUUCUGACAUUGUCUUAGAAGCAAUACUGGAGGCAGAUGUG